AAGCUGCCAACUUAUACAACACACCGACUUGCCGACCUACGACCUACGACCUACAAACCUACAAACCUACAAACCUUCGUGACACAUUCGUUCUCCUCCGUAUUCCUUCUCUGUGACUCGUCUUUCAUACAUAUAUCCCAUGGAGUCGAUUAACAUCUACUUAACUUGGGAAUGAUCAUUCCUUUCUGUUACCAAGUUCGUCCAAAAGUUUGCAACCAAUAGUUUGACCGUCGCGAACAAAGUUUCGAGGUGCCACAGUAUUUGCACUUCGUUAGGUAUCUCUCCUACAGUUCUGUAGCAUCCGAGCUGAUCGCAAACCGUCCUGCGGCCACCGAGUAAGCAGAAAAGUCCUGCGCGCCACCAUGGCCCCGAAUAAUAGCAAAACAGCCGUCGCCGAGUGCAUCUCGGACGACGCCCUCAUUCAUCUCAAGUCCUACAAGUACUCGGCCGUCGACAAGUCGCCCAUCUCCAAUUAUAUCCUCCGUCCCUACUGGAAUGCAUUUGUUGAGCUUCUGCCAUUAUGGCUGGCACCCAACAUGGUGACCCUGAUAGGGUUCAUGUUCAUUCUAGUUAACAUCGCCUUACUGGUCAUAGUUAUGCCAGAUCUGGUAGGACCGGGCCCGUCAUGGCUCUACUUUAGCUUCGCCUUCGGCCUCUUCAUGUAUCAGACCAUGGACAACAUCGACGGGAAGCAGGCGCGCCGAACCGGCACGUCGAGUGGUCUAGGAGAACUGUUCGACCACGGUAUCGACUCCUUAAACUGCACUCUUGGUAGCUUACUAGAGACGGGCGCAAUGGCGCUGGGAACUUCGAAAUCGGGUGUUUUUACCGCCCUGUGUCCCUGCUUGGCUAUGUUCUUCUCGACCUGGGAGACGUAUCACACCCACACGCUAUACUUGGGCUAUUUCAACGGUCCCACCGAGGGUCUCCUAAUCGCGUGUAGUCUAAUGGCGAUAUCUGGCAUCUACGGACCUGGCAUCUGGACGGAGCCUAUCGUUAAUAUUGUAGGACAGAAGUACCUCUUCGGUUUCGACGAAAUCGUCGCCGACCAUUCGAUUCGUGAUAUCUGGAUCCUCUUGAUCGUGGGCUCACUCGUCUUGGGUCACAUGCCAUUUUGCGUUCUCAACGUCGUUAAGGCAAGACGACGGGACAAUCUCCCAGUCCUUCCGGUAUUCCUCGAGUGGAUCCCCAUGGCCGUGUAUACCUUUUCGAUCGGCGCAUGGCUGUACUCGCCGCACUCGACACUUAUGCGCGAGAACCACCUGGUGCUCUUCUGCCUGACCAUGUCGCUCGUGUUCGGGCGCAUGACGACCAAGAUGAUCCUCGCCCACCUUACCCGUCAACCCUUCCCGUACUGGACCGUGAUGCUGGCACCAUUAGUGGGCGGCGCCUUCCUAGGCAACCUCCCGCGGUUCGGACUUCCACCUAUCUCCGCCGACCUCGAGCACUACUACCUGUGGGCGUAUUUCGUAUUCGCGUUCGUCGUGUACUUCCGUUGGGCGUAUCUGGUCACCAACAGUAUUUGCAACUUCCUUGGCAUCAACUGCCUCACCAUCCCCCACGAGAAGCAGCUUGAGAACAAGCGGAAACAGGAACUCCUAGCGAACGGCGCGGCCAACGGGAAAAAGUCACAGUAGAUGCGUCGGUCCGGUCGGUUGCGCGUAUGCGGUAGGGAGAUAUGGAGUUGGGGAUAUAGUGGAUACGACGUACGAUUCUGGAAAGAUGUCCCCUUUUAUCACAGGGAUCGGCGCUGGCUUCUACGCGGGAGCUAGCCUUUCUCCGCUCUUACAUUACUUUGUUGUAAUAUACUAGAAAAGAAACAGGACUAUACUAUGUAGAUAGGCAGGCAUGGCUUCACUCGGCGCAUCGGACACCUCGGCUUCGUAGCUACGGGGCCUAGGUUGGAGAGAACAGAGGAUAGGGGAAGGGAGUCUGGCUUAGAUACAGGCUGGGGGGCUAGACCGUGUACAUGUACAAGCGAUAGAAUCAUCCCCUCGGCCUUGUGCUUAACAGCGGGCUGGGAUUGGGUAGGGCGCCUCUCGGAUUACUAGGAGAGGGCGCGGUAAUUGAUGGUGAUUGCAUUUGCGUUUGCAUUGCGAUGGUGGGGGGGUGUUCUGAAUAGAAAUGGGAUAGUAAUGAGGGUGAAAUGAAAUGAAAUAUAAAAAAAGGAGCCUCUUUCUUCUAAA